CCGGGGCGAAGGUUUCUCCACCGUUGAGAAACCUUUCACCGAGAAAUAUUCAUCAUCAAUGGCGGACUCGCCGGAGAAUUCACCUCCUUCCCCGGAAACCCCCAAUGCAGGUUCGCCGUCAAAUGAGACAUCUCCGCCGUCAAAUGGGUCAUCUCCGCCGUCACCAGUCGCUCCGUCUCCACCGUCCCCGAAUUCUGCUCCUCCGCCAAACAACAAUAUCUCGGCUUCUCCACCGCCGCCGAGCCAGGAAACCUCACCUCCUCCUCCGUCGUCUUCAUCACCACCAUCUCCGCCGGCUGUAGGUAAUCCGCCACCGCAAACUCCAGAGAUUCCUUCUCCGGUUACGCCACCGGCACCGCCUCAAACACCGUCGAACCAAGCACCUCCUUCACAAACACCAUCUCCUCCUUCUCCUCCUCCUGGUGCCAUUGACGACCGUAACAGAACCAAUGGUAGCAACGUCUUCACACCGUCUCCACCGUCCGGGAACAGAAAUUCCAGCGACGGUGGCUCACCUUCACCGCCUCGGUCAAUUAGCCCUCCUCGGAAUAGUGGAGAUUCAGACGCAUUAUUACAACCAGGGGAACAAGCCAACAUUGGUUUGAUUAUUGGAGUCCUUGUCGGAGCAGGGCUAUUGCUUCUUCUUCUUGUGCUUAUUUGCAUCUGUUGCAACAAGAAGAAGAAGAAAAGAUCCCCUCAAGUCAACCACAUGCACUACUACAAUAACAGUCCCUUUGGAGCUCCCAAUGGAAAUGGUGGUUAUUACAACAAUGGAACACGUCAAGAUCAUGUAGUGAAUAUGGCUUCUCAAGGUGGUGGGAAUUGGGGACCACAGCAACCUGUGUCCGGUCCUCAUAGCGACAGUUCAAACUUAACCGGUCGGACCGCUGCUACACCGUCGCCUCCAGCUGUGACUCUUGGUCAUAACCAAAGCACUUUUACUUACGACGAACUGUCCAUUGCAACAGAAGGUUUUUCUCAGUCAAAUUUGCUAGGACAAGGAGGAUUUGGGUAUGUUCAUAAAGGGGUUUUGCCUAGUGGCAAAGAAGUUGCAGUGAAGAGUCUUAAACUUGGGAGUGGACAAGGAGAACGCGAGUUUCAAGCAGAGGUUGAGAUUAUUAGUCGUGUCCAUCAUCGCCAUCUCGUUUCUCUUGUUGGAUAUUGCAUCUCUGGUGGUCAAAGGCUUUUGGUUUACGAGUUUCUACCUAAUAACACUCUUGAAUUCCAUCUUCACGGAAAGGGUCGUCCUGUUUUGGAAUGGCCUACACGAGUGAAGAUUGCAUUGGGAUCAGCUAGAGGCCUUGCAUAUUUGCACGAAGAUUGUCAUCCUCGCAUUAUCCAUAGAGAUAUCAAAGCAGCAAACAUUCUUCUUGAUUUCAGUUUUGAAACCAAGGUGGCAGAUUUUGGAUUAGCUAAGCUAUCUCAAGACAACUAUACUCAUGUCUCCACUCGUGUCAUGGGAACUUUCGGAUAUUUAGCUCCAGAGUAUGCGUCAAGUGGCAAGCUAUCCGACAAAUCUGAUGUUUUCUCUUUUGGAGUAAUGCUUCUUGAGCUCAUAACCGGACGGCCUCCUGUGGAUCUAACUGGAGAAAUGGAAGAUAGUUUGGUUGAUUGGGCAAGGCCUCUGUGUUUGAAAGCAGCUCAAGAUGGAGAUUACAGCCAAUUAGCAGAUCCACGUCUAGAGACGAACUACAAUCAACAAGAGAUGGCUCGAAUGGCUUCUUGUGCAGCUGCAGCCAUCAGACACUCCGCAAGAAGACGACCUAAGAUGAGCCAGAUUGUACGAGCACUAGAAGCAGAUGUAUCAAUGGACGAUCUAAGUGAAGGAGGGAAACCAGGACAAAACACGUAUUUGAGCCCAGGGAGCGUGAGCUCGGAGUAUGACGCGAGCUCGUACAGUGCAGACAUGAAAAAAUUCAGGAAAUUGGCAUUAGAGAGUAAAGAGUAUCAAAGCAGUGAAUAUGGUGCAACAAGUGAGUAUGGCUUGAAUCCUUCUGCUUCAAGUAGUGAAGAAAUGCAUAGAGGUUCAAUGAGACGCAAUCCUCAGUUUUGAAAAACCAAACACACGCACACACACACACUUCUCAUAUAUUAAAACUUUCUAUCUCUCUGCCUUCAAAUCUGUUGCUAAGGCUUUGUUCUUUUGUUUGUUUCAUU